AUGGCAAUGGGGCCACCAGCCCCCGUCCCAUCCUCUUCCAAGUCGAGCAAGCAAACCUCGCCUCUAUCUCCCAUUCCCUUGGAGGGUCCUGACCUCAAGAAGCUCACACCUUCGUGCUCACGAUGCAGGGCCAAGAAGCUCAAGUGCGACACACGGCAGCCCUGCUCCAAUUGCAUCGCAAGGCAUUUGGACGCAGAGUGUAGGAAAGAUGAGAGGAUACCCAGAGGGAGGAAGAGGGUGAAACUCGACGCGGUCUCGGUACAGGAGGAAAUGAGACAGCUCAGACAAAGGAUGGACGAGCUUGGGGAACUGUUACCCCACCUCUCGCCCGGACCAUCGUCCCCCACUGUCCCAGCCAAUGGAACCCAUUCAAAGCAUCAGCGGCCCAAGCUCAAGCAUGCAUCCUCUUCGAUGCAGACGUCCUAUCAUGAGUCGCCUUCUUCCUCGUCGGCAGACGAACUGGAUCACGCUCCAUAUCCUCGCGAUACAGACCAAUCUGUUCGAGCACUGGAAAAGUGGGCCGAUGGUGAAGGCCCGUCUACAAGUAGUAAGGACAUCUCGACAAGUGCAGCCCUCGUCAGCAAGGUCAGGUCAGAGCUCUGGCGUAACGACAGCGUCAAUCCCUACUGGGCCGACCCUGUCAAUUUCCAGGCCAGAAUAGAGCUAUCUCGUGAAGCCUUUGCCCUCUUACCCGAACCAGAGGUCAUCGAGGAGCUCGUCGACGUCUACUUCGUCAGAUGCAACCAUCUCUGCGGAGGCAUACUCUCAGAGACCCGAUUUCGGCGUCUCGCCGUCAUUGGGCGGAAGUCGAAUCUCACAACUGAAGAGAUCUUGAUCAGUCCGGCAUACAUCGACCCUUCCUCCUGGAGCAUCAUGUUCAUGGUCUUGUCCAUUGCCUUGUGCUUCUACCCCUACGAAUCGGACGCUGCAAGCAGUCGCUUCCACGGUGUCAACAAGUUUCGCGCAGAAGAAGGCGAAGUGUGGACCAGAAAUGCUCACGACCUUUCCAGAAGGGCUCUGGGGUUGCACGGGUCUCUGUCUCUCUGCAGUCUACCAGCCUUGCAGGCAGCCACCCUCCUGACUUUCCGCGCGAGGGAACCGGACGCAUACACUCGACAGCUGCUGCGAUUGUCCAUCGCCUCUGCUCAAGCUCUCGGAUAUCAUCAAUUGGGAAAGCUACCUCUCCAAGACGAUGACGAAAUCGAGACGCGGAUCAGAAAGGAGGGAAUCACACGCCUGUGGGCGUACCUCUGCUGCAGAGACUGGUGCGCAGCAGAGAAGGACGGGACGUACGCGAUACAGCCGAACCAGUGCACUACCCGCGCUCCCCUUCACUUUUCCGAGAGUGAUCUGCUGGGCGGUAUGACAAAAUCAAAGCCAAUGACGGAGCUGACUCAGAUGACAUAUCCGCUGCAGAUGUUGGCGUUGUCCAAGAUCAUCAGAGAGGCGCAUGACAUCCGACAAGCGAGCGGCCAGCCAUUGUUGAGUCCCGCCACGAGCGAUCAAUUCCACAAGCGCCUCCUUCGCUGGCUGUGGGCAUUGCCGUUGCCGCUACAGAUCGGAAGCGACAUUAUCUCUCCGCGUACCACGGCUACACAGAGAUGGAUGCUCCACCAGCAAGCGUUUCAUCAGCUCCUCAAGCUUUGCAGAGGUGAUCUGUCAAAGCACAGUGUCAGAGCUUCUAUCCUCGACCUCGCGGAUUCGAUUCUCGUCACUCACCGGAAAGUCAAGGCCAUCUGUCCUGUACUGAAGAACAUGUGGGUCAAUUGGAUGCAUCUGAUGAAUGCAGCCAUCAUAGUGGGCUUCGACUUGCUGGAAGCCGAAGAGGGGAAGCAGAAAGAGCCUACAGCCCGAGCAGCCGCCAGGCAGAAGAUCCAGACAGCUAUGGACGCCAUCAACGGCACUUCGGGCUCGCACAGGGGAGCUUUCCUCCUCGAAGCGUUGCUGUACACGGAGGAGGAGCGUCAUCAGCGAAUACAGAGCGGUCAAGCCGUGGAUCCGAUCGACUUUUCGGCUCUGACCCUCGAUCUAAUCCGUAUCGCCGCAUCGAAGUCGACAGAGCCCCUGUGGAAGCUCACCGACUUCACAUUCCCUGACCGAGCGCACGAUUCGGUCAUGCCUGCGCUAGCUACCAAUACCUUGGCCAACGAUCAAUGCGAAGCUGUCCGAGUGGACGACUGGCAGAAGGUCGCGUUUGAGCUGGGUCUCACCAGUGAUUUUGGCUUUGAGCCGCAUGAAAAUGGAGGCAUCGAUCUGCUGCAAUUGCGAGGCAGCAACGUCAACGACGAGCCACCACGCAUGAGUCUAGCUCACAUCAACACGAACAAUGCAGCCUCAGUGUACUCCCCGGCCUAUCUGAAUGGAUCCGCAGAGGCGGCUUCCCGUGGAGCCUUGCCUCCGAGUCGCCUGUCGCUCUCUUCGCCUCAGGAAGGAUUCUCACCCAGCGCCUCUGGCAAGUUCAACUCUUCGUAUACCACCCCUGGCGGGGCAGGAGAGGUCAGUGGUGGUGUCAAUGGCAGUAGAGGCGAGAGUUUCACCUCGAGUGGGGCGAGUGCGAACGAUGACCAGGCUCCGACGUCUGCCAGUAGCGGGCCGCGAUCGCCACGGAGCGUAGUAACGGCGGCUGGAGGAGUGGAGCCCUUUGGGUGGAGGGAGUUUGGAGAAAAAUACCCGCAGCAGCAUAGCCUCUAUCAUGUCCACUAUCAGCUGCAACAGCAACAGCAGCAACAGCAUCAGAGCCAUCACCAAGAUCACUCUCCUUCUAUGGACCCCGUGCAUUCUAAUCAGCAGGGCCCUUAUGUCUCGCACAUGUCUGCACCUUCAUACCCGCAGGAGGCGAGGCAGCAGCUUCCCCACCAGCAGCAGACUCUACAGCACCUGCAACAUCAACCGCAACAACAGCACCAGCAACAACAGCACCAGCACCAGCACCAGCAAGCACAUAAUCACUUUGUGGGGCAUCCACACCCGCAGCACCAGCAUGCGCCGAUGCAAAUCCACUCGCACACGCUGCAACAUCGCCACCCGCAUUCCCAGCACUAG